AUGUGUGGUAUUUUUGCAGCAUACAGAGUUGACGAUGUCGACUCGUUCAAAGAGAAAGCUUUGCGUUACUCUAAGAGAAUUCGCCACCGUGGUCCUGAUUGGUCAGGAAACCGCAUUGACAACAGUACUAUCAUCUGCCACGAGAGACUGGCCAUCGUUGGUAUUGAGUCUGGUGCUCAACCAAUAGUUUCUCCAGAUGACAACUACUCUUUGGGUGUCAAUGGAGAGAUUUAUAACCACAUUCAUCUGAGAGAGGAAUUCAAAGACUACCCAUUCAAGACCUUCUCCGACUGUGAACCCAUCAUUCCAUUGUACAAGAAGUACGGAAUCGAUGCCCCAAAGUACUUGGACGGUAUGUUCGCCUGGGCUUUGUACGACAAGAAAAAAGACCGCAUUGUCGCUGCUCGUGACCCUAUUGGGAUCACUACUCUAUAUAUGGGUCGUUCAUCAGCUCAUCCUAGAACCGUUUUCUUUGCUUCUGAGAUGAAAUGUUUGGUCGACGAGUGUGACGAUAUCAUUUCGUUCCCUCCAGGUCACGUUUACGACUCAGAGACUGACAAAAUCACACGUUACUUCGAACCAUCUUGGUGGGAUGAGAACAAGAUUCCUAACACUCCCGUUGAUUACAAGAAAGUCAGAGAGACUUUGGAGAUGGCUGUCAGAAAGAGACUGAUGUCCGAAGUUCCAUAUGGUGUUUUACUGUCUGGAGGUCUGGACUCUUCAUUAAUUGCUUCUAUUGCUGCCCGCGAGUCAGAAAGAGCAGCUGAAAACGCUCUCAAUAGUGACAUUGUUGAUGCUUCCCACGUCCUGACUGGUGUUGACGACACCGGUCGUCUUACCUCCAAUGGAUGGGCUAGAGUCCAUUCUUUUGCAAUUGGUUUACCAGGAGCUCCUGAUCUGAAGGCAGCUGAGAAGGUUGCCAAAUUCAUCGGAACCGUUCAUCAUGAACACACUUUUACCGUCGAGGAAGGUCUUGAUGCCCUCUCUGACGUAAUCUACCAUUUGGAGACUUUCGAUGUCACAACCAUUCGUGCUUCCACUCCCAUGUACUUGCUUUCCAGAAAGAUCAAGGCUCAGGGUGUCAAGAUGGUUUUAAGUGGUGAAGGAUCUGAUGAGAUCUUUGGAGGCUAUCUAUAUUUUGCUGCUGCUCCAUCCGCUCCUGAAUUCCACACUGAAUGUGUUAAGCGUGUCAAAAACUUACACCUUGCUGAUUGCUUGCGUGCCAACAAGUCUACGAUGGCUUGGGGUCUUGAAGCCCGUGUUCCCUUCCUAGACAAACAAUUUUUGGAACUUUGCAUGAACAUUGACCCAGCUGACAAACUGAUUGAUCCAAAAACUGGACACAUUGAAAAAUACAUUUUGAGAAAGGCCUUUGACACUUCUGACGACCCAACUACUAAACCAUACUUGCCAGAAGAGAUCUUAUGGCGUCAAAAGGAACAAUUCUCCGAUGGUGUUGGAUACUCAUGGAUCGAUGGUUUAAAGGAUGCUGCUGAAAAGAUUAUUUCAGACGAACAAUUGGCUAACCCUAAGCCUGAAUGGGGUGAUGACAUUCCAAAGACCAAGGAAGCAUACUGGUACAGACUCAAGUUUGAUGAAUUUUUCCCACAACCUGCCGCUGCUAAGACGGUUAUGCGUUGGGUUCCAAAAUCUGAGUGGGGUUGUCACGAAGACCCUUCCGGACGUUAUCAAGCUACUCAUGCUUCCGCUGUAGAUGAAAUUAAGAAAUAG